AUGAUCAGAUCCUAUAACAAUGCUCAGAAACCUCAUGGGAUGACAUCUCUACGUAAUAGCGUUGACAACCUCCAGAAUGAUUCCUCAUUAGAAGACGGUCUGACGACCAUUUUUAAAGAAAUACCAGAGCAUCAUUUUCUACAGGAUCUCUUGAACAUUUCCAUGACGUUGAGCGAUGGCAUAUUUAUUCCAGAGACCUUUGGACUGCCAUCAUUGAAUAUUUCAUCAAGCAAAGUCCAAGAAUGUGAGGAAUAUGGAUUUCAAAAGUUGGAAAACUGCUACACUCUUAACCUUACUAGCGAAACAGUCCCCCAACAGGCCCAUCGAUUGGUCAAAUCUUGGUGGUUAAUUGACGACGCUAAAAUAGGCUUCCCUUUAGAAGCGCAGACUCCUGGUCGACACGACGCCGUAUCAAUUCGGUGGUGGACGUCUCCAAAGCUGCGGUGUAGUUCCUAA